AUGACCAAUUCUCUGUCCUCCAUACCGGCCGGAGACAGACGACUUCCAAACAGUGUUGAAUCCGCCAAGGAAAGCUGUAUAUCACAACAAAAUGGAUAUCUGCAAUCUCCACCGACCCACGACACCCCGUCAACUACCAACACCACCGCUGCAAAACCCCAGUCCCUACCUACGCAGGCAGAGCAGCCAGCUAUGCGUGCCUUUAAAGAGCUCCACGAAGAGCACUCCCACCCACCCCUCUCCACAGUGGUCGCCCGCCUCCAUGAACAAGUAUUCUCAUUCCUCUCCGAAUCCCACGACCCAACAAGCAUCCUCCAUAGAGUCCAGAACAGAACCUGCACCUCCCUCCGUGUCAUACAAGAAGCCCUCCAUCGCUUUUCCCUCCAAGAUCUUUCCCUCUCCUACAAUGGCGGGAAGGAUUGCCUAGUGAUGCUCAUUCUUUUCCUGGCCAGCCUCCACCCUUUCCCCGCGGCCACCAGAACAGCAACCGAUGACAAUAGAAAAAAAUCCUCCACUUCCAGCCCUCCAUCCACAAUCCCAGCCAUUUAUGCGCAGCCACACCACCCCUUCCGAUCAGUCGAGGACUUCGUCGCGUCCUCCUCUCACGCCUACCACCUCUCCUUAGUCUGCUAUACCACAGACCCCCCACACGCCACAAUCCGCAGCGCAUUUGCCUCCUACCUAUCCCUCCACCCUCAAAUCCGGGCUAUAUUUGUUGGUACCCGCCGCACAGAUCCUCACGGCGAGAAAUUAACCCAUUUUGACCGCACAGAUCACGGCUGGCCGGAUUUUGUGCGAAUACAUCCCGUGAUCGACUGGCAUUAUGCGGAGAUAUGGGCGUUUAUUCGACAUCUGGGAAUUGAGUAUUGUCCUUUGUACGAUGAGGGAUAUACCAGCCUAGGUGGGAUGAAUGAUACGCAUCCGAACCCGAAAUUGCAGAUCAGGGAUCAGGAUUCAAAUGAUGAUCAACAUAGAAAGGCUAGAUAUAGACCGGCUUAUGAACUUAUGGAUGAUGAGGAGGAGCGGCUGGGACGGGACUAG